AUGUCGAAAUCGAAUUUGUUCACUUUAUUAAAAUUUUUACUUAUUCCGGCUUUUUGGACUGCGAACGCACAUGGCGAUUAUCUUCUAGUUUCGGAUUGCGGUGAACGCGCUUCUUGCUUGUCGCAUAUUAAUGAAGAAAUUGUAUCACUGAUAACUCGGAACGUAGAUAAUAACACUUCUCCAUGUGAAAAUUUUUGGAAAUAUGCCUGCGGUUUGUGGUCACCGGGACCAUUUUAUGAUGUCGUGGAUAAUUUUGGGGUGGUGAACAAAUAUUAUGUAAAGAAAUUUGAAGAUUUUUUUGAGACAUCCGGAUAUAAGAAUGAAAUAAAAGAAAAUGUGUUAUUAGAAAAGUUACACACCUAUUAUAUAGCAUGCAAGAGAGGUCAGAAUGCCUAUUUGCCUAUGCAAGAAUAUUUGCAAGCGUUACCACUUAGUACUUCACUUAAUUGGACAGAAUUAAUAGAUGCACCGAUGUGGAAAGACGACUACUGGAAGCAACAUUUGAAUCAUUUCAAUUGGUUGCGACAUAUUGCUGAAUUACGUAGAUUCGGUUUAAAUGGUAUAUUUAUAGACGAGUCUGUAGGUUUUGCAUUUAAUGACUCUAUGAGUUCGAUUAUAGAAAUAGAAAUGCCUAGUGACGAGCAUAAUUUGGAAAACAAUUAUGAUUUAGUGAAAUCGUAUUUUGCUCUGGGUUUAACUAAUGAGAUAAGUGAAAAUUUAAUUAAACUCUCACUAAAUUUAUAUGAAUUCGAUGAAGAGUUGAAAGCUUUACGUUUGAAAUAUCAGGAGGAAAAGGAAGUGGGCAUGAUUUUGACAUUACAACAAUUCAAACAUGUUGUGCCCAAUAUAGACUGGCAACUAUAUUUUAAUAUUUUAUUAGAUGAAGUAGCACAGCCUGAAUUGAAAAUUGCUGUGUCGUCUAUUGAUUAUAUGCGUGACGUUGCUGCUUUGCUCUCCCAGAAGGAUGAAAAAAUCGUUUAUAUGUACAUACAGUUGCAUUUAUUUAAAUAUCUACAAGAUAUAGGCUCUACGAAAAGCUGCAUUGAUCAUAUGGGUGUUGUUAUGCCUCUGGGUAAUCUGCCACAACAUGCAUUCUUACAAUACUACAAUUCUUACUACACCGAACUUAAUAUCACAUCUUCUAAUUUUUUUAAUAAUCACUUGAUUUUAUUGCAUUUCCGUACACAGCAGCAACACUCCGCCGUUGUGCAUAUGAAAGCCUAUAAUGAGGAUGAAUUCUAUGUCAAUGACGAUUUACUUCAAAUACGUAAUGCGCCUUAUUUCGUGCAUCAACGGAAUCUAUUAAUUGUGCCUCUCAUUUUUAUGAGUAUGCCAUUUUUUCAUAAUGCAUUGAAUCCUUUGUUUCAAUAUAGCAUUGUUGGUUGGUUAUUGGCACAUGAAAUGCAACAUGCCUUCGAAAUUGAAGGCAUUAUGUAUGAUGAACUCGGCAAUGUUAAUAUGCCACUUGCAAUAACCACAAAACAGCAACCCGAAUUUGCCGCAGCAGUGAAGUGCUUGACACGCUCUCCAACCGCAGCACUUAUCGAGCGGAUUGCGGACGUUAAUGGCUUCCAAUUGGCCUAUGACGCAUACUUCGACGCCACUAAUGCAAGCUUUCCGGAAUAUAUGGACUUUUCUAAUGAAUUCAGUGCAAAGCAGUUGUAUUUUCUUAAUUUUGCACAAUUUUUCUGUGGAACACUACCAGCUCCAAUAGGUCAUGACAGUGAUGAUGUACGUGUUAUAGAGACCGUCGCAAAUAUGCCUGAAUUUGGGGUGACUUUUAAUUGUUCGCUUGGUCAACGUGAGAAUCCAAUAGAAAAGUGUCAAAUGUGGCGGUGA